AAAGCGAGACGAAUAAAUCGGCCGAGCUCGGUCGCGAUCCCGGCAGUCGUGGCCGCCGUCGCAAUCGCAGCCAAGAUGUCGACGAGCAGCAGCAACGCACUGUGGCUCGCGCUCGGCGCGGUCGUCUUCUCUCUGGCAAGGGGAGCGGCGGUGCCGUCGGCGAUCGACCUGGAGACGUGCGUCGCUCUGUGCUCCAACUGCGACGGCGUCGCCGAGUACAAGGACGGGCACUGCGAGUGCAGCAUCGCGACCGGCCCCGACCGCGGCGCGGAGUGCCUGAGGCGCACGAGGCGAGACGCGUGGGAGGUCGGCCUGGACGUGGUGUCCUGCGACGCGGACGCGGACUCGCGGUCGGCCCGGUGCGCCGUGGGCUUGAAGCACGUCUACGGCAAGAGCGACGUGGACCGGGUGGCCAAGUACUUCAUGCAGGACGGGCCGAUGACGGGCUCGGUGUUCAUAGCGCCGCCGUACGACCGGCCAGCGGAGCCGACGCUGGCCAAGAGCGCCGACUGCGAGCUCUCGCUGGACGCGACGAGGGCCGCGCUGCCCGAGGAGGCCACUGUCGGCGCGCCGAAUCUCAUCACCCAGCCGAAGGAGUUGAUACCGCCCGCCCCGCCCGCCCCGGCCACCCCGGCCGCCCCCGCGCCCGCGCUCGCGGCUCGACCGCUGCAGAAGCUCGGUCUGUCGCGCAUCGCGCCGCAGUUCCUGUCGCUCCUCGGCGAGGUCAUCUCCAGGCCGCUGGUCGGACUGCCCGAGGCCAUCAAGAACGUCGGUCGAACGCCCAGCGUCAACCGACUCGCCCAGGCCCCGGUUCACUUCUUCAACUCUUUGGCUAACCAGAUGGUCGUCGACGACCAAGUCGCCAAGGCCAACUUGGACAACUUCCGCAGCGAGAUGGACAGAGCGCAAGAGGAGCUGAAGGACUCUCUUGAGAGCUCCAAGGAGGCGAGCAAAGCCGCGACGGCGGAUAACUCAGCGGUCGCUGGUCAGCCGCCGUACUCCAUCUUUAAUCCACAGCCGAUGCUGAGCUGGCUCAAUCCGACCGUCGGUGCACCAGCUCCGAUGCAAUUCGUGGGCGCGCAAGCCCCCGUGCAGUUCGUUGGCGCGCAAGCUCCGAUGCAUCUCGUCGGGGCCACUCAACUCGUAAGUACUGGACUUCCAAGUCAACUGUUCAGCACCGGUCAGAUGGUCAGUGCACCGAUUUUGGCGAACCCCAGCUACGAUCAGAGUCACAUGGUAGGCUCGCAGUCACCAUCCUACAGCAUUCAGCCGCAAAUGGUGGCCGCUGCUACGCCGUCGAUGAUCUCGGCAAUGCCGAUCAUUCAGAGCCUCGGUGCCGUUCCGUUGAGCAGCAUCGUCUCCCAAAUGUCACCUACCUACCUGAUCAGCUCGCCGAUGACUUACUAUCCUCCCAUCCAAACCAUCGCCGAUGAUAACGUAGAGUCGCUCGAGGAAAUUCCGCUCAGCUUCCCUCCCCAGAAAAAGAUCUGCAAGAAGUCCACUAAAAAUCGGCCCUCCGUCAAGUAUACCAUGGAUGUCCAGGCAGCCAAGGAUGAUGAGCAGCGGCGUCAAGCGAAGACUCAUGAGACUUCGACUUCCACAACUGAGGUGUCCGUGAUCGACAGAACUACCGAGCAGAAGCCAAAGGAGAAGUCCAAGGAAAACAAAAGUGUAAUUAGCAAAAUGAAGCCCUCCAGUAAGAACAAAGCAGACAAGAAGAUUGACGAACGCAAAUUGUAGACAUAUAAUUGUUUUU